AUGCAGGAAGAAGACUAUGAGAUCCUGCGCAACGAGGCCAAUGCCAGUCCUGAGAGAUAUGCAAAAUGGGACCCCAAUAGGCAAUUCCGCGAAGAGUACAACCGGCGCCACCUACACGAUCAAACUCCUGAAGAGCGAAACCGAAAUAUCGAGGCCUACGAGCGUGGAGAACGCACCCAGAGCCAGAUUUCGUUACCACAAGAAGCAGUCGCAUCGCCCAUAGGAGAAAAAGAGGAGGAGGAGGAGGUUGCGUCUCCUCUAUCGCGGCAUAGCACUUCGUCCUCAACGCAGAGCUCGGUUAGCUCCUCCUCGACACACAGCGCGCGCCUUGAAGAAAUCCGUACAGCGCAUUCGACGCCCGCACGCGACCGCCGUCCUACUGUCAACUCGCAAACCUCCACUGGCAACUACCUCACACUACAUCCCACCGAACGCGACCCAGAAGCCCUGCGCCGCAUCGAGACACACCGAAGCCAGCAUGCAGGCACCGUCGGAGCAUCUCGAGUAGAUUCGCGACUUUCUAGGACACUGACACGACGUCGUACCGAAAAACCUCUGCCGAAUCUAGGUGCCGGGAAACCGUUUCCACCCCCGCUGCCGGAUAGGGAAGAAUAUGUUGUUGAGUUUGAUGGCGCAGAUGAUCCGCUGCAUGCCCAGAAUUGGCCUAUGAAGAAGAAGCUGGGAAUUGGAGCAAUCCUAGCAUUUGAUGCCCUCUCAGCUACCAUGGGCUCCAGUAUCUUCUCCGCCGCUACAAUGCCAGUUUCGCGUGAAUAUCAUGUGGCAAACGUUGUUGGUACUCUUGGUACGAGUUUGUUCGUGUUUGGUUAUGCUUUUGGGCCUUUGAUGUGGGCGCCCUUCUCCGAGUUGUACGGCCGGAAACCUCCUCUUAUUAUCGCCGCCUUUGGCUUCGCCAUUUUCAGUAUCGCAGUCGCCACAGCCAAGGACCUUCAAACCAUAAUGAUCUGCCGGUUCUUCGCGGGUAUCUUCGGUUCCUCCCCGCUAGCCAUCGUCGCGGCCGUAUUCGCAGACAUGUUCGACAACAAGCUACGAGGUCUUGCAGUCGCAGUUUUCUCCGCCACCGUCUUCAUGGGUCCGUUACUGGCACCAUUCAUUGGUGGCUUUAUUACCCAGAGCUCCCUAGGCUGGCGGUGGACAGAGUAUAUUAGCAGUUUCAUGGGCUUUCUCGCAUUCGCCCUUCUCUUCUUCUUCAUGGAGGAGACACCAAUGCGCAUUCUCUUCACUGAGCCUAUUGUUCUUCUAAUCACGAUUUAUAUGAGCUUUAUUUAUGGUCUACUCUAUCUAUUUUUGACCGCGUACGCCCUUGUCUUCCAACAAGUAUACGGUUGGAGCGCCGGAAUUGGUGGGUUGGCCUACUUUGGUAUGGUUGCUGGCGAGAUCAUUGCUUUCGUCAUCAUUGUGCUCGACAAUCCUCGCUAUGUACGCAAGCUUGAGGCCAACAACAACAUCCCGGUUCCAGAGUGGCGCCUGCCCAUCAGCAUGGUUGGCGGUGUUCUCUUUGCUGCUGGUCUCUUCUGGUUUGGCUGGACAGGCUAUACUGGCCAAGUCCACUGGAUUGUACCUGUUCUCUCAGGACUCUUCACGGGCUUUGGUAUCUUCUCCAUCUUCCUAUCGCUUCUCAACUACAUCGUCGACGCUUACCUCAUGUUUGCUGCCUCAGCCAUUGCCGCAAACACUUUCAUGCGUUCCAUCUUCGGCGGUGUGUUUCCACUCUUCGCUACCUUUAUGUUCCAAGGUAUGGGCAUCGAGUGGGCAAGUACACUGCUUGGGUGCGUAGCUGCCGUGCUCGUGCCGAUGCCUGUAGCCUUCUAUCUCUUCGGCAAGAAGAUUCGUGCCAAGAUGGUCAAACUCUGA